CUGAGCGGGACAGUGCCUUAACGUUAUGAGCAAGCACUUUAAUUUGCAGAAGUCAAAGACACAGCCAGACCUAUCUUACUCUUUGUUUUUGGGGUUGUGUAACUCCAGAAGACCAGAGCGACUGUCUUCUUUGCAUUACGGCCGGUCUACAGAAACAAGAAACAUUCAUUUAAAUUGACAGGUAAUUGAUUGAUCCGAGCAGGAUUUGGUGAGUACACAUUGGCAUCUUUAUAAAUCUAUUAUACAGGAGUUCCUAGUCUGACACUGGGAAUCAUACUAUUCUAUCAAGCCACUGACUUAAACAUCAUUCCUGUCAAUAGCAGCUACGUGAUCCUGUCAUUGGAAUGAGUUGCUAGAAAUGAUGCCAAUGCAAAUUGCCUGUCUACUUGCUGUAUAUGGCACCACACUAUUGUUUUGCUACUAACUGUAUUUGUAAGUAUGAGGUUAUUCUUGUUAUGAUGUUGAUUUUCAAGCAGCAUUGGGACUGUGCGAGGCAAAUAGGUUUUUCAUAUUGAAUGUCUUUUCCAUAUAUAAUACAUAUCAUUUUUGAGUACAUGGUCUAAAUGUUGUAAAAAUAAACAAGUAACAGAACACUAUUUAAAACACGGCCUGUCGGUUAUUCUAGCAUUGAGCUCCUAAACACAGUUUUUGUUCGGUACUUCAGCCAUGUCUUUAGCUAUAGAUAUCACGGAAAAAGUAAUUUUACUGUACAUGUGUUUUUGGUACAGAUGAACAGCAUGUGUGAAUGCACCAGGAUUUUCAAAACCAUCAGAGAGUUGGCCAGGCAAAAUUGUUUGUUCUAGUAGUGUCACAAAGUCUUCAUAAAAUAAAACAAUGAUGCAAACUGGGAAUAAACAACUCAGGGUGCUUGAAAAGCUGAUAAACUUGAAAAAUACCAGCGUUCAAAGUUUUUUUUUUUUUUAUGCUUUCUAGAACAAAACAUGCACCUUUUGUACUAGGGACUAUGAAUUUGUUCAAGUAUGACAUGCGUAAUGUGUCCGAUGAAGUCACUGGCACUUUUUUAAGUAGAGGAAGUAACACUGAUGUACGUUGCUGAUUUCCACAGCAUGCUAUUUAUAUAUAUAUGUGUGUGUGGGUGGGUGAAAUUCUGUAUCAUUGAGCCACAAAAGUCAAUUUCCCUCCUCCUGUUUGCAUAGCUGCUAGGAACUUUGAAGUGUAUUCUGAAACAGGACACAGUGCUGGCAUGAUUAAGCUAACCCUUUCCCUCAUUGACACAGCCAUGCUAGCAGAGGGCUUCAUCAGGGUGAUUGGAUACCAGGACAGCAGGUACACAACCACUCCCGUGAGCCUCCACUGUCAGGAUGGAGGGAAGAACCAGCAGGAUGCACUGAUAAGAGACUUUGCAUUGGCGGAGUUCCCAGAGUAUACUGAAGCAACACAAGAGAAAAAUACAGAGCUUUCUCCGGCACAGAAGUCCAGUGAUUCUCUUAAGCAGCCCUCUCCACUAACUCGACGGCUGCAGUUUCCAUCUUACAAACAGAAAGUGUCCUGCGCUCGUCCUAUUCCUGCCAGUCCCCAAGACAGCUACAAUGGACUAGAGCUUUACCGUUCCUGGUCUUGCACAAGUAUCUGCAAGAACUAUCCGGACCUCCAGAUCCGAGGGGAUCACGUUGGGAACGUCAGCUCUGUUGGUUCUGGAUUAGCUGUAAAGGAAUAUGAGUAUGAGACCUGUAAUGGACCUCUUUUACAAUCUGGAGACCUGGAAGAUCUGGAGCUGGAACAGUCCACUCCAAAUCACCAGGAGGAUGAGCUGUACCGAGAUGAACUAUCGGAUGAAGGCUACUUAGCUCAGGACCGCAGCAUUACUUUGCAGCAGGAGCCCCUCUCCAACUCCAUGCUCAACAGUUAUCUGGAGAAGAAGGUGCUGGAGGUCUACAAGCAGUACCUGGAGGAGAGUUUGACCAAGUGUGCCUCCCCCAGUCACACGUUGGCCCCUAGCUUUGUCAUGCAGAACGUCAACCAGAUCAGCAUGCUGAUCUCUCAGGAGAAGAAGAUGGAAACCUCCAAGGUUCGGAGCAUGGUCCUUAACUACCUGUUCAGCGCCAUCAGCGGGAACAGCUCUGAGUUCAGCACGCCCAAUCUGCACUUCUCAAACCUGGAGCAGAAGAGAUAUCCAGAGCCCUCCAAGAAAAAGACCACGAUUAGCCAUCAAGCCUUGUAGAAACUGAAAUUAACAGUACUUCUCACACAUUACAGAAGUGGCUCUAAAUCCCACCACUUUAGAACAAUUUGAAAAAUACCAGUGCAUUACCAAAUAGAAACAGUAACAGACAAAUUCAGAGAAAACAGUAUUAGCAUAAAUGGCAACUCAGUGAAUUUAGAACAAAUAUUGCACAGCGGUCCCGACAUGCAACAUGACGUUAGACCCAACGAUAAGUGACCAGUGUGAAUUGAUUGGCACGGGAACAUUGGCAUGCCAAAAAAUAUAAAAAUGUUAACACUGCUUUCCAGUGUACAUAACAAAAUGUAACAACAUUUCAACAAACAAGCGUAUCUAUUUCAAAGAUUCUGAAAUAUUUCUCAUGCUACAAUUACUCAGUAACGUUCUAAAAAAAAGAGACACAUGCUACGAGUUUGUUCUUAAGAGUUAGAUUGUACUUUUAUCAGCACAACAAGUCUAAGAACAAAAUACAACGAACACAUACAGCAUAGAGGAGCAAUAAAGUUUGUAGCACAUUCUUUUUAAACCUGUGUUGGUAGUGGGAAUGGGAAAAUCGCUGAACACCAAGAUGUUUGUGAAAGUUUUUAACCAGUGCUCAAUGCGAUCAGAGAGAAUAUGAUUUAUAAAAUGAAAAAGGAAUGACAAAAUUGACUGUAGGGGGCAAAAUAAGGACUAGGGUUGAGAAACACUGCUGCACCUAUUUAAGCAAAUUAGCACAAUUACUAUAAUUAUUUUAAACCCUAUGUGUGAAAUGUAGAGAAUCCCAUUAUAUUUAUUCCAGAAUUCAGUUAUUAUCAGAAAAUUCAGUUGCAGGUAUUUUUGAGUAAAAUUGUUUAUUGUGGUACAGUGUUACAAAAAACAGCUCACUUCUAUAUACUCCUGUGAAGCAAGCAUUUAGUACUGUAUUUGUAAAAGUCAUUAUAAAGUUAAUUGCUUUAAAAUUCUACAGGUGAAGCACAUCCGUAUGUUUGUUUUAUCUGCAGACUGUAUUUCAAAAUUGUCUAUUUCUAUUUUGUUUUUAGUGACUACAUUUCCAGUGCUUGCUUCUAUGAUCUUACUGAAAUUUAAAUAAAAUAUCAAUAGGUGAACAAAUGCUGUGUUUCUGUUUAAGAAAUAGAUUAAAAAUGGAAAAUACAGGUACAAAAGAAUUAUCCUAAGUGUCUGUCUUGUGUAAUAGGUUAAAUUAUUAGGGUAGAUUUGAUGUUCAAAAAAGCAUAGCAAAGUAAUAUUUUAAAGGUGCCCCAUACAUUUGAAAAGGCGUCACCUUUCAUGUUCUCAGUGGUCUCAAGUCUUGCAAGUGUGGUUUAACCUAUCAGAGGUUCAGAAAUAUGAUUUUUAAAAAAAAAUGCAAUAUUUCAGCUGCAAUGCAGAAGUGGGCGGUUUCAACUCGACCGUGCUGGUAUAUUAAUAUUCACGGGAUUAAGAGUGACAGUUCCGCACGUGUAGUAUAUCUCACAACAGCUUUCAAAAGCAUUCCUUUUGUAAGAGCAUUAUUUGGGAAUACAAUAAAUUCUGUGGUACACUGUGGUAAGAGCAUAGUGAAGAGUAUUAAACAGAGGGGCACUGGCAGAAGGGUGUGACCAUAGCAAAACACAGAUAGGUAGGGGAAAUCACACAUACACAGUAAAUCCACAAUGUAAGCAAUGGAAAAUCAUUAUAAAGUGUAUAAUGACCAUGCACAUGCACUAUGUUAAAAAAAGAACUUUAGGAAAGGCAUUAAAAUACCUAAUACAUUUCUUACAAAUGGUUUUUUACUGAACUAAAAUCUAACACAGGGCUUAAAUUUCAGUUUUUUUUUUUUUUGUAUUGCACUAGUGCCAGUUAAUUCCUCCUAUUUAUUUCUUUAACAGAGAAAUUAUUAUCAAAGUGCUGUAUUAUAUGCAUGUACCUUGACAAAGGCAAAUGCAUUGUUUUUAACUAGAUCCCCCCCAUCCCCCUCCAGCAAAAUGAAA